AUGCCACUGCACGAUGGGCUUUUGACUGGGCCGUCUAUGGCAUCGGCAGAUUCAACCGGUAGCCGGGAACCUCCAACCAGCCAACAAUAUCAAGAGAAAUUCCAGAAUCUGUACACUAGGCUCAUAAACCAGUCAAGCAGCGAGGAUAGCAGCGAGGACGAAGCUGCGGGGACCAAUGAAAGCAGUGCCAAACCGCCAGGCGGAGCAUCACCGGUGGAACCGGUCAACGCUGGGCCCACUGCUGCGAACGCUAUUUCGGCAGCGUCGUUAGUAAAUGUUAAGGGCGAAAACACAGACCUCUCUCGACAGCUGCAUGACCUGAUAUCUAGCAACUCGGAGCUGGGCUCCAGACUACUUUCUCUGCUCCUGGUGAGCAGCGGGAAUGCCAAAGAAAUCAUAUAUGCGGUCAACAAGGGCGAUCUGGAUGGGCUCAAAAAGUUGGACUUAAAGAACCCGCAGCUGGAGCAACAGUCGAAGGUAACAACGAGAUACACGGAACAAGAGCUGAAUGAAUUCAAGAAAGUGGAACUGGAAAAGAGACGCAAGAACACGGAGGCGUCGGCUCGAUUCCGUGUGCGGAAAAAGCAGCGACAGCACGAGAAAGCCGAAAAACUAAAGCAGCUCAAUGCUCAAAUAUCGGAACUUUAUGGGACUAUUGACAAGCUACUCGAAGAAAAUAAGUUUUGGAAAGAGCGAUUGGAAGAGAUGAAUGAGCGAAAAUCGCGCGAAAUGCUGGAAAGUAUCAAGAAACGCCGUCUCGUAGAGGAAGGAUGA